AUUGCAGUUGGAUCAGUGUUUGAGAGCAUUGAAGAGGCCCAACGUUGCAUUUAUGCUCGUGAGGCAAACUGCAGGCAUCGUUGGCGCCGAGGACAAAGUAAACAUGUCGGGGAUAGUGCUGUGCAGUUGAAAAAACUCACCCUCCGAUGUAACCAUUACCAUCAACACGAACCAACUCACUCAAUGGCUAUUGAUUCUUCUGACCACCGCAGAGGCAAGACUAUCAAGACAGGUUGUAAUGCUCAUGUCAAUCUCAAUCUCAUCCAUGGGUCGACAUUGUGGCAGGUUACUCUUACCAACUGGGACCAUAAUCACCCGCGAGAAAUCCCUCCUGGGGGUACCAUUGUCCGACCACCAACCACAGCACAGCAUCAGGUUGUCUCCGAGUUUGCAAUGAGCAAUGGCUUCCAGCGACAGCACAUAUCCACUAUUCUUGCAAACCAUUUCACGGACCACCCCCUUGAGCCUAAACAAGUAUCAAACAUGAUUAAUAAUGCACGUCGUCAGGCUCGAGAUGAUGUGCAGGCACUUGGUGGUGAUAUUGCAGCAAUC